GUUUCUUUUUUCGGUUUUGUUAUUGUCCUUUCGAUUACGUGCUGGUUUAGUACACAUAAAUACCUGUGAACUUUGAAUUCUCCUCUUUUGGGGGUUCAUCAUCAUUUACGCAUAUGUGCCUUUUUGGGUGCAUGAUAAAGAUCCCCCGUUUUCCUUCCUUUUCCCGCAUGAUUUUGCAGGAAAGUUCAUUGGGACGGGAUUGUAUUUUGGUGGGUCUGGAUUGGCAUUUUUGUUGCCAUUCCUAGGGGUCCAAACAUGGGCGCCUGUUGCAGCAAAGAACCUCAUUUUGGAGGCUUCAUAGAGGAUGAUGCCGAUGAGAUCGAAUAUGGCGAUGGUGAGGAUGAUGAUUUGAGGAAUGGAGAUUGCGGGGCCCGAGUGAGGUUACAAGGAUCUUCCAAGUACAUAUCCAUGUAUACCCAACAAGGAAGAAAAGGGGUCAACCAAGAUGCCAUGACUGUUUGGGAGGACUUCACUGGCGAGAAAGGUAUGUUCUUCUGUGGUGUGUUUGACGGUCAUGGUCCCUUGGGUCACAAGGUCUCAUGUUCUGUACGUGAAACUUUGCCCUCAAAGCUUUCUUCAGCAAUCAAACCACCACAAGUUAAUGACAGCAGAAAUUGUGACGCUGAUGGUUCUGUUAGAGAUGAUAAUAAGGAUGUCCCGUCCCUUUAUCAAUGGGAGGAGAAUUUUAUCGGAUCCUUCGAGGAAAUGGAUGAAGAACUUAACUUUGAUUGCAGCAUUGAUAGCUACUGUAGUGGCUCAACUGCUGUAACCAUAGUAAAAAAGGGAGACCUCUUGGUAAUCGGCAACUUGGGGGAUUCUCGUGCAGUUCUUUGCACGAGAGGUGAAGAAAACCAACUUGUUCCGGUCCAACUCACAGUUGAUCUAAAACCAAAUAUUCAGAGUGAAGCAGAAAGAAUAAAGAAUUGCAAAGGCAGAGUCUUCGCUAUGGAUAGAGAGCCAGAUGUGUUCAGAAUAUGGAUGCCUGAUGACGAUUAUCCUGGCUUAGCUAUGUCUAGAUGCUUUGGAGAUUUUUGCUUGAAAGAUUAUGGCCUCAACUCAAUCCCUGAAGUUGCUAUCAGAAAGCUUACGGACGAUGAUGAGUUUGUGGUUCUAGCAACCGACGGGGUGUGGGAUGUAUUGACAAACAAUGAGGUGAUAAAGAUAGUUGCUUCUGCAAGGAGGAGAUCCAUGGCUGCUAAACUGUUAGUAUGUCACGCCGUUCAAACUUGGAGAAGCAAAUAUCCUGGUUGCAGUGUUGACGACUGCACUGCUAUAUGUUUUUUCUUCAAGAGCCGACGUUUGUUAACUAAAUCCUUGUCCGAAAUACCUCCAGCCAGCGUUACUCACUCCCAGCUUGGUGACAUAGCUUCCACUGAGGUUGCAGUUUAUCGCAGCUGUAGAUCCUUUAAAAGCGAGAGAGAACCCGAAUCUCUAAAUGACAAGAUCGCUCUAUCCUCCAAGGAAGGUGGUUGUCCUGUAGAAGAGGUGAAUACAGUAGAUUCAAUCACAAAGCGCCCUAGAGUUCCUGGUGUUUUGACUCGGAGAAAAACGUUGAAGGAUCUUGAUGAUGUGGAAGCUUCAUGAUGAUCUCCUAAAAUCUUGUAUGAACUCUAAUGGUAUUUUAUCUGGGAUAUUUGCAUCUUUGAGAGUCUGUUCAAUAUAAAGAAACAGAAGCUCAAACAUUGUUGUAUCCCAAAAAGAAAAAAUGAAUUGUCAGUACUUGUACUAUUUAUUAGGAAUCCAAUGGAAAAUUUGUAGUAAAUUCGUAUGUUCUUAU